AUGUCCCUAUCCAAUACAAGUUUUCCAGAGGAUGCAGUUCCUCAAGCUCCAGAAGAUCCCCUCUUUGGAUUAAUGGCUGCUUAUCGUGCUGAUACUUUUGAUAAAAAGGUUGAUUUGGGUAUUGGAGCUUAUAGAGAUAAUAAUGCUAAACCUUGGGUUUUACCUGUGGUGAAAAAGGCUGAUGAAAUCCUUCGAAAUGACCCCGCUCUCAAUCACGAAUACCUUCCUAUCGCUGGUCUCAACACUUUUACAUCCGCCGCCGCGAAACUUAUGCUUGGUGCAGAUUCCCCAGCUCUGGCAGAAAAACGUUCUUGUUCCGUUCAAACUAUAUCCGGAACCGGUGCUGUUCAUCUCGGGGCACUCUUCAUCAAGAAAUUUUACCCAGGUUCUCCUACGGUUUAUUUCAGUAAUCCAACAUGGGCAAAUCAUAAUCAAAUCUUCUCCAAUGUUCAUCUACCCGUCGCUACAUAUCCAUACUUUUCCAAAUCCACCAAAGGUCUCGAUUUCGAUGGAAUGAAGAAUACCAUUCAAAAUGCUCCGGAUAAGAGUAUUAUUCUCUUACACGCUUGUGCACAUAAUCCUACGGGUGUGGAUCCAACUCAAGAUCAAUGGAAAGAACUUGCCGCUCUUUUGAAACAAAAACAACAUUUCCCAUUCUUCGAUUGCGCAUACCAAGGUUUUGCUUCGGGAGACUUGGCAAAAGAUGCUUGGGCCGUUCGUUAUUUUAUUGAACAAGGUUUUGAACUUUGUAUCGCUCAAUCUUUUGCCAAGAAUCUUGGUUUAUACAGUGAACGUACUGGAUGUUUUCAUUUCGUUACUGGAGCAGGAAAAGAUGCCGAGAAGAAUAUUGGUCGAAUCUCGAGUCAAUUGACGAUCCUACAACGAUCGGAAAUUUCCAAUCCUCCAGCUUAUGGUGCGAGAAUUGCCAGUACUAUUUUGAAUGAUGAAACAUUAUUCAAAGAAUGGGAAGCAAAUUUGAGAGAAAUGUCUGGAAGAAUUAUUACCAUGCGUAAAGAACUUCGAUCAAAAUUGGAAGAAAUGGGUACACCAGGAAAAUGGAAUCAUAUCACGGAACAAAUUGGCAUGUUUUCAUUUACAGGAUUAUCUGAGAAACAAGUCAUGGAAUUGAGAAGUGAAGCUCAUGUUUAUAUGACAAAGAAUGGUAGAAUUAGUAUGGCUGGUUUGAAUACUAAUAAUAUUGAUUAUUUUGCAAAGGCAGUUGAUAAAGUUGUUAGGAAGACACAACAAGAGAGUUCUCAUCUUUAG